GAGCUAAGCCAUAACUGUCAGCGUGAUCCAGCUGCAGUGAAGAGCUCAGAUGCCAGCUCUCCGUCAGCAGGGCCAAUUUCUUUUCGAUAUAUUGUGAAAUUUUAAUUGAUUUCAUUCGCCUUUGAGAGAUCUGUCAGGGAUUUUUUGUGGGGAAAACGGGUUUACGCUAUAAUUUAAAUCAGGCGGCACACUUUUUGUAGAGAUGUUGUAUAAAAUAUCCGCAUUUUAUAUCGGAAGACGCGUCUUCUGUUAUAAUGUUUAGAUUUAACGAUUAGCCACAUGACGGAUAACGACACCAUUCAUUUGCGCUUCUGGGAUGCCUUUCAUGGUGAGCUUAAAAUUUAGUUUGCAAAGCUGUGGGUCGGUAACGUUAGCGCAAACAUCCAGUAAACUGUAACCUUCAAGCUAACGUCAAUGACAGCUAGCAGUUAGCGGCUUUGCGUUGGUGGACCGCUGAGAGUUUUGCACCGUGUUGGCACAGGGAUGCAUGGACAUGGUGCAUUAAAAAGAGAAUUGGAAUUGCAUGUGAAGACCCGACCGGACGCUGCGGAUUGUCAACAGCUCGUGUCAAGACAUCGCGCGCUAGUAGCGCAUAGUCCCACGCGCAAAGAGCGAUUUAAUUCAUUCAUCCGAGUCUGCUAACUAAACAUGGCCUCUGCAGCCAGCAACCUCGCCGCAUCCAUCGCCAGCAAAACCAAAACCAGGAAGAAACAUUUCGUGUCGCAGAAGGUGAAGCUGUUUCGGGCCAGCGACCCGCUCCUCAGCGUGUUAAUGUGGGGAGUGAACCACUCGAUAAAUGAACUCAGUCACAUCCAGAUUCCUGUUAUGCUGAUGCCUGAUGACUUCAAAGCCAACUCUAAGAUCAAGGUGGACAACCACCUCUUUAACAAAGAGAACAUGCCAAGCCAUUUCAAGUUUAAGGAGUACUGUCCUCUUGUCUUCCGCAAUUUGAGGGAGAAAUUCUCCAUUGAUGAUCAGGAAUAUCAGAAUUCUCUGACACGCAGGGCCCCGAUUCCCAGCGACGCUCAGGGCCGCAGCGGAGCUCGCUUUCACACUUCAUACAACAAGAAGUAUGUCAUCAAGAUCAUCACCAGCGAAGAUGUAGCUGAGAUGCACAAUAUUCUGAAAAAAUACCACCAGUAUAUAGUCGAGUGCCAUGGCAACACACUGCUCCCGCAGUUUCUGGGCAUGUAUCGCCUCACAGUGGACGGAGAUGAGACCUACAUGAUCGUCACUCGCAAUGUUUUCAGCCAUCGGCUGCCUGUUUACAAAAAAUAUGACCUGAAGGGAUCCACAGUGGCCAGAGAGGCUAGUGACAAAGAAAAGCCACGCCCACCUGAGGAUGGGGCUCCGUCCAAAUCUCGCAUGAGCCAAAAACUACAAACCAUCCGGAUUGCCACACGCUUUUACUGCGCCAUAAGACACACCAAGGAGCUACCAACAUACAAGGACAAUGACUUCAUCAAUGACGGUCAGAAAAUCCACAUCGAUGGGGAGAACAAAAAAAUGUUCCUGGAGAAACUGAAGAAUGACGUUGAGUUUCUGGCCCAGCUGAAGCUGAUGGAUUACAGUCUGCUGGUGGGGAUUCAUGAUGUAGAUCGAGGGGAGCAGGAACAGCCUGAUGAGGAGAGUGAAGACAAUGAUGCGGUGGAGGAAGAAGCAACAGAGAGUGAUGGAGGGGCCACCGGCUCUCCACCAGACAGUCCCAGUAAUACACUGGACAGCAACAGACCUCUGGGUCCAGGAGAGUUUGAUCCAACCAUUGAUGUAUAUGCUAUCAAGAGCUAUGAAAGUGCUCCUAAAAAAGAAAUCUACUUUAUGGCAGUCAUUGACAUUCUCACCCCAUACGAUGCCAAGAAAAAAGCAGCCCACGCAGCUAAAACAGUCAAACAUGGGGCAGGGGCAGAAAUCUCAACCGUAAACCCUGAGCAAUACUCCAAGCGAUUUUAUGAUUUUAUCACCACCAUUCUGUCCUAAACACUGUCAGAGGAUAAAAUGCAUUGCUGGCUGCAGUGAUAAUGAAGGUGGUCACUUAUAAGCUCUCAUAUCCUUGGAUGAGUUCCUGUUGUGGGUCAUGGAUCCAGUGUCUCUCUCCCAUCCCUACUGAAGAGCACGUCUCUAAAAAUCUAUCAAGAUUUUGUUUACAGUUUCUUUACAGUUCCUCUGGAGUAGGUUUACGGCUCCACGUUGUUGAUAAGGGAUACACGUGUCAUAUAUAUAUAUUAAAUACUUACAUAGAAAAAUAUUGUUCCAUACACUUGUGUUAGAUAUUGUUGAUUGAGAAAUCAAGUGGUGUUGUCUGUGACCAGCUAUGUGGUAUAAUUAUCAUACUGAAAUUUUUAAAGCUGCUUGAUUUUGCUUUUAUGUUUCUUUGAAGAUAAAUUAAUUAUUUAAAUGUCCAGUUACAAAUAAUAUUUCUAAAAUAGGCUAUGUUGACUGAAAAACAAAAAAAAUCCCUAAGAGUUAGCAUUAAAUGAAUUGGAGCAUAAUUAUCUGUAAGUGUUCAUUGCACUAUUGCUUUUUAGCUGCAGACUGUACCUUUAAAUCCCUUUACUAAGCAUAAUAUGGAUGCAACUUUAGAAUUUAUAGUAAAGCUCCAAUCAUUCAAUUGGAUGUCGAUGAGGUGCCUGCUGUGCAGUGUAAUGUCUUGCACAGGAGCUCAAUAUUUGCAAUUGACUCCAAUAACGUUUAGUAUAAAUCUUGUUUUUGCACAUGAUCUAAUGCACCAAAAUGUUUAUGCAACUGAUUCCAGUUUCACCACUGACUCAAGAGGGGUCAUGCAAUAGUAGUGAUUCAUAGAACGUGUUAAGCACCUGAUGGGUUACGUGUGCAUUGUCACUUUUGUAUCCCUAGUUGAAAGGACAAAACAUUGCCUGUUUUUUUGUUUUUGUUGGUUUAACUCUUAAUUAGAGGACUUUUAAAAAAAUAAAGCAUAUUUUGUACCUCCCUUUUUUACAGUAAUAAUUAGCAAGUUUACAAUUGGCCAUUCUCUCAUUGAGAAUGCAGUUGUGUCUGCGCUAUUUUGAUGCUUGAAUCUGUAUAAAGUGUUUGAGUUGCACUGUUAAGAGUGGGAGAAAUCUGCCUAACUCUAUAGGUCUUUUUAUUAAUAUUUCUCCCUCUCUCUCUCUGUCUGUCUGUCUGUCUGUUUGUUUAUUUCUCUCUCUUUCAUCAUUAUUAAACUUUUGUGUGAUCCCAGAGACCUUUAGUAUUAUAAAAUAUAUAGAUAUAGUGAUAUGUCUUCUUCUGAAAUAUUGUUUGCAAAGUAAUCCUAAAUAUUUUACUGUACUGUACCUGUUGAAAAAUGGACAUAUAUACACUGUGCAAGGGUGUGCCUUUUUUACUCUGGAUUAUUUAAUUUUGUAUUUCAAUCAUUUUUUUAAACAAGAAAAGUUUGAAAAAUGUUAUUUUCUAAAAAGGGAAAGUUGAAUAGAUGAAUCUUAAGAGGUGGUUUGCUGUAGAUGUGUAAAUAUGCAAGUGUAUUAUCUGUUAUAUUGACUAAUGUCAGUCAUGAAGAUACAAAAUCUCAGAUUGCUGUCAUUACGUGAAGUGAUCAAACUGCUCAGUUAGUUUCACUCGAUUGAUUUACUUUUUGUGUGAUAAUCAAGAGUCUUUGUUAAAACUUCUUUAGACUUAAUGUGUUACGUAUUUGAAUUUUUGUUCGUAGGAUAACUUUUAGUGGAAGUCUAUGAGUAACUCAGCACAACAUGAGGCUAUCAUGAGGUCUUAGUUUGUACUUUCCUUCUGGUCCUAAUGAACUUGAUGUCUGUACGGCACAUGUGAAUCUCAAUGAAGCCACAGUGAAGAUGAAGGUCAUCGCUUCUAUAAGCUUUAAAAAACAGAAAAAAAUACUUAUGCAAAAAAUGACACCACUUUAUCCCAAACUGUAUAAAGUUUGAUACGUGUGUUGUAAUUUGUUAAACAUUAUUUUAUGUUGAUGGCACAGUGACUUUGAUGGUAGACUAAAUACUUGAUGAAGGAGGAAAUAUGAACCCUUUUAAAUAUGCUGUCAAUGGACAAAAUGAUCAGUUGUCUGUGUAAUUGUCAUAAAUGUUGUUGUCAUGAAAGUGUGCAGCUCGUGUGUGUGUGUGUGUGCUUUAGUCUAAAAAUAUUAAAAGCACUCUUUCCCAUAAGCAUUGCUCAAUAAAAUGAUUUAUUCAUCUUUGCAAUA